AUGGUUGAAUCUACCACAAUAGUAGACCCGGAGAAAGGGAUGCUUGACAAUGUCAUCUCCCUGCCUAGCACGAACGCUCGGUUGUCGCUUACCUUUGUUGACUUCAAAGACGGGAAGCCCGCUGCGGACUCAGUAACCAAGACAGAGGUGACUUCCCCGCCACCUGCGCCAGCACCGAAGAAACCUGCCCCCGGGAAGGCCACAUGGAAGCGUGCUAGUCGGUGGACCCGCUUUCUCAUCUGGUACAACACAUACAGGAAAUUCUUCACGAUUGUCGUGACUUUUAACGCGGUCGGAGUCUUGCUCGCUGGUCUGGACAAGUGGCACUAUCCGAGGAGAACUACGGGUGCCCUUGCCCUCGGUAACUUAUAUGUUGCCAUCCUCGUGCGGAACGAGCUCUUUGGUCGGUUCCUGUACCUUACGGUCAACACUCUUUUCGCCAAGUGGACGCCUCUCUGGUUUCGUCUCGCGUGUACGUCCACGCUGCAGCACUUGGGCGGCAUCCACUCGGGAUGCGGAGUCUCCGGAUUUGCCUGGCUGAUAUUCAGGCUGAGCUUGAUAUUCAUGGACCAAAGGGAUGAACAUAAGGUCAUCCUUGCCACCGGUGUAAUUACCACCAUAGCUGUCGUCUUCACCAUCAUGAGCGCUUUCCCCUGGGUACGGAAUACUCAUCACAAUGUGUUCGAGCGGCAUCACCGAUUCUUGGGCUGCUGGGACCUCGGGACACACUCUUGGAAUCCUCAUGGCGUCCAGGUUAUCCGUCACCAAGACUUCUGGUUUGCCCUUGGCAUGACCAUAUUCAUUGUCAUCCCUUGGCUGACUAUCAGGAAGGUCAAGGUCGAUGUGGAAAUUCCUUCUCCCAAGGUGGCAGUUCUCAAGUUCGAGCGCGGCAUGCAGCAAGGCCUUCUGGCCAGAAUUUCGCGGUCCGCGGUUAUGGAAUACCACGCGUUUGGUAUCAUCUCUGAAGGCACGCACGCCAAAUACCACUACCUCAUCUGCGGUGUCCAGGGUGAUUUCACCAAGAGCCUCGUCAAUGACCCGCCUACGCACAUCUGGACUCGUCAAUUGAAGUUCGCCGGUGUCUCGAACACGUCGACGCUGUACAAACGCGGUAUACGCGUAUGCACAGGAACUGGACUCGGGGCUGCCCUCUCCACAUGUAUACAGGUAUGUCACGCAGUCAGAAACUUGAGGUACCUCAUCUGGAUCGGAUCCGACCAGGAAAAGACGUUCGGUCCGACUAUCUCGGGUUUGAUUCACCGACAUAUUGGACCUGAGCGGUACUGCCUGUGGGACUCCAAGCAGCGAGGGGGGAGGCCGGACGUGAUGAAGCUCGUCAAGGAAGCCUAUGCAGCAUGGAAUGCGGAGGUAGUCUUCAUAACGUCGAACUAUCAAGGUAACCAAGAGAUUAUGGAAGGAUGUAAGGAGGCAGGCAUACCUGCAUUCGGAACCCUGUGGGAUUUCUGA